AUGGAGAGUAAAUACAAUUUAACAAGACUCUUAUCAGAAGAAAGCACUUCCACCCUGUCGUCAGACUCCUGCGAGUAUUAUGCAGAGAUAUUUGACCAGCUGCCCAGCACCCAGCAGGGCAAACAGGAUACUUCAGAAGCUGGCGACGGGCUUGGACACAUGUCUAGAGGACACAAGAUUUUUACACAGCCGCUCAGGAAUCUCACCUUGUGCAUUCAAGGAAAAAGACAUGUCAGGGACAGAAGAAAUAUGCGAACCAGCAACAUUGGCUUCUGGGAGUCGUGGAGGCGGAGCCAGAGUAUCAGCACCAGGAGGGUGCGGUCUAAGUUGGGAGGAGCUAUUUCAGAACUGUUACCGUGGCAGCACACGCUGCACGUCAUUGAAGGACGUUUUGGUGUGGGCGUAAAUGCCUAUUUUGUGUUCCUUAGAUAUCUGAUAUACAUGAAUUUAAUCCACUCUGCUUUAAUAUGGGCUUUUAUCCUUGGACCUACAACAUUUUAUGGUAGAGGCAACCAAAGUGAACUAUUGAGGUUUGGCGACAAUGACUCAGUCCUGGAUUUCUUUCUCGGAUCGGGCUACCUGGAUCGAACUCCGGUCUUCUAUGGAUUCCAUCAACGUGGUUCCCUCAACUAUGCUUGUUUGAAUACUCCACUGUUGUACCUCAUUGGAAUCCUUUUUAUAUUCCUCCUCAGUGUCGUCAUGGAGAUUCGUAGAACAGCAUUUGGCUACAAGCACACAUGGAUGCUGGGAAAGCGUUCCAGAAUGAAUGUGAGCUUUAAGAUCUUUUGUGGCUGGGACUUCACCAUCCAGGAUGCCAGCACAUCAGCGCUCAAACACAGCUUCGUGAGGAAUGAUCUCAAGCUAUACUUGCAGGAACAGCGUUUCUCCCAGUAUGAGGCGAAGAGGACAACGUGCCAGUGGGUGCGUCUCUACCUGCUCCGGAUCAUCCUCAAUCUCCUCGUCUUGUGCCUGCUGGGUGGAGCUUUCUACCUUAUUUACUUUGCCACUCACACGUCACAGUCAAUCGAAAAGAAAAUGCACCACUGGUUAGUCAGAAUCGUCCUCCAGUACCUGCCUCCAAUGACCAUCACUUUUGUCAACCUCUUCCUCCCUCACAUUUUCCGAAAGAUUUCAUCUUUUGAAGACUACUCUUUCACCGUGCAGGUUAACGUUACGCUAGUGAGGAGCAUCUUUUUGAAGCUGGCCUCCCUGGGAAUCUACUUAUCUUUUAUCUUCACAGUACCACAAGAACAAUGCUCAGAGAAUCAAUUUGGAAGAGAGAUGUACAAGCUCUGUAUUUUUAACUUCCUUGCCACUUUCUGCAAUGCCUUCUUCUUCAACUAUCCCAGGAAGCUGGUCCAAGAGAAGUUCCCUUCAUCAUUCCUGGCUCGGUUAUGGGGGAAGCAACUCUUCUUGGUCCCCUUCAAUGUGCUAGAUCUGGUUUAUGGUCAAACUGUGUCUUGGGUGGGCAUCUACUUCUGCCCUGUGCUGCCUUUGAUAGGAACUGUCACACUGAUAGCGACAUUCUACAUCAAGAAGUUCACAGUCUUGCGGUGCUGCAUCACAGAACAGAGGAUGUUUCGAGCCUCUAACUCCUCAGUUUUAUUCCACUUCAUGUUGAUACUUGGCCUUUUCAUGGCCCUCACAGCCCUGAGCAUCACCCGCAUGCAGCAGCAAAUCUCAGUGGACAAUAAAUGGGUCUCUCAAUAUUCUCCUUGUGGACCAUUUGCAAACAGCCGAAGCGUGUUUAACGUGGUAGGAGUGUGCGUGGAAAGUCUUCCGAGCCUGGCACAAACCAUUUUACGCUCCCUGACUUCUGAGGUCUUUGCUGUAUCACUCAUACUUGCUGAGAUUAUUAUCUUAACCUCCUGUGUGUCACGAGGACGAGCCAAUCAAAAGACUAUUGAAAGACUUAAAGAAAUUCUGGUUAUGAACACUGCAGAUAAGCGUUUCCUGGUGAAAAGGCAUGUUGUAAUGCUCCGACAUAAGAACAUCCACUCUCAGCAGCCCGGAAGAAUACCCUCUCAACCGACAUGA